UGCAUGGAUCAUUUUAAUAUGGUGUCUUUAACUCCUUCAGAAAGAUACCUAGAAGGGGAGGAGCUGAGUCUAGUAGAAUUUUUGGUUUCAGUUUUUAGGAGUCUCCAUGGCACCUACUGGAUGCUUUUCAGAUGUCAGCUUCCUUGUUGCCCAAGGCAAUGCUGUUGCGCAUUAUUCCUGCCAUGCUGGAUGUGAGGCUCCUUCCCCCAAGGCAUCCGCUUCCAAAACCUGAGGUCUCUGUCUUAGUCCCUAAAAUCCCAACAACUGUGUGGCUUGCAGACAAGAAGCAUUUAUGUCUCACAGUGUUGGAGCCGGAAGUCCGAGUUCGAGGCCCAGCAGCCAGGUUCUCAGAAGAGGCAAUAUCUCCUGCAUCCUGGCCCACAGGAGGAGGGAAAAGGGAAGAGCAUCCAGGGGCCUUUGUGAAGGCACAAACCUCAUAGGCCUGCACAGGUUGGCUCUGGUAGGCAGUACACACAGGUGUUCCAUGAGUGGCUGCACAGAAAAGCUUUGAGCUCAACGAGCAGAGGCCCCAACUUCUUCAGGAGAGUCGGAGGAACUGCAACUUCUGCCUUGCACAGAUGGGCUGUGAUGACACGAAAAGUGAGCAAGAAAAUAAAUUUGGAAACUACAAAACCUAAAGCCCAGAAAGACAGGCACGUGCAGCCCCUGCUGUGGUAACAGAGAAAAAGAAAAUCCGUGCUUCGCACUUGGAACUGAUACACAGGAAGCUCCAAUUCUGUGGGAAGUGGGCUGAACCUACCCUCGCCAGCAUCGUCACCCAAAGUUCCCAGCUGACAGGGACAUGCAAGGAAACAAGAAGUGCACAGACGGGUUCAGUGACUCCUCGAGCAUCGGCAGUGUGCUGGACGAUGCGGACCGGGAAGUGAGCAACCUCACAGACCGGGCCUUCCGGAGCCUAUGCAUCUCUGAGGAUGCCUCCUUCCAUGACUCUAAUCUGGCCCUGUCCCCAGAAGUCACCCACCGGGGGUUUGGGCCUCUCUACCAGAACACCGUGAGCCAUGCCCGCAGGAAGAGUGGCAUCUGGAGCCAGCUUCCAUCACAAGGCACAGAGCACACAGGCUGGGCUGCCACCUUCCAACAGCAGCCCAAGUACGUUCAAGGGGAGGACAAAUACCCCAAAAGCAGCCCCCCGCUCACACCAGCCCAGCAGAGACUAGAGGUGCCAGUUUCCGGCCUGCGGAGCAGCCACAAGCCUGUUUCCAAAGUAUCGUCCCUGAUCAAGUCUUUUGACAGGACUGAGAGCCAGCACUGCGACAGCAGGCUGCCCCCCAGCAAGCCUCCAGCUCUCAAAAAUCCCCCCAAAUUUGCCCCUCUUCCCGACAGCAGUGUCAACUUUUGCUUCGACUCAGCCUUUCUGACAGUCAGGAGAGUGCCGGCCGAGGUCUCCAGCGCACAGCAAAGCAGCCACCAGCCCACCUGGAGCCAUGGAGAACAAGGGUCCCCCCAAAACCCCGAGAUGGCCCAUCAUGACUCCAGCAGUUUCCUCUCGAAACCAGACAGUGCAACCAGCUCAUUUGAGUCCAGCUUCCCCUCUCCAGCCCACCACCCCGCCAAGAUGGAGCCUGGCAGAGGCCAGGAGUGGGCACACAAAAGGACCUUUCUGCACAGUGAGAACAGUGCCUUUGAGUCAUGGGACACCCACCAACCCAAGUUGUUUGAGAGAAAGAAUGUUGCUGAAAGCAUGCCCGAAAGCAAAGUUCCCAAACAUUAUGAGGACAAGCCCCCCAUAAGAGAAGCCCAUGAUCCACAGCACAAAGUCUCUCCCUGUCCAGUCCGGCCCAGCUGCGCGCAGGAGAACAGGUCGGCCUCAAGGGCUCUGUCCAUCUCUGGACCACAGGGGGUCAGGGACCCAGGAUCCCAGGUUUUUCUCAUAGAAGGAAAAGCGGCCAGCUCACACCCUGACCCUCAGGUAAGGCCAAGCCAGCCUCCAUGGAGGAAGCCAAAGACCAGCAGGGGCAGGAAGGAAAAUCUGGCAGAUGUUGUAGAAGAGCAGAAGCAGACUCACAAGAGAGGCCCCGCUCUGUACACAAAACACAACACACAGGCACACCUCACAGAAAAUGAUGCCAUGGACAUGCCUGAGGACCUCGACCAACAUUACAGCCCUCCUUUCAAUAUCAGCAAGCUCCUGACCCCUGUCAUCCCUACCAAGCACGCCCUGGAGUCAUCAGACAACUGGCCAGAGGAGACCAGCCCGUCCCCACCAGGGAAGCUGAAUGGAUAUCAGGAGCAAGAGCAGGGCGAGCAUCCGUUGAGAGACAGCUACAAAUCCAAAGCGCCCAGUCUGCUGUUCAACCUCAAGGACGUGCGGAAGUGUGUCAAGAGCAUGUACAGUCCCUCACCUCUCUCCAAAGGCUUUGAUGAGAAAUCCCAAGGAAAGGCUGGUGGCAAACAAGAACCAGUGAGCAAUGGGGUCAUGCUUCCCAAUGGGCUCGAGGAAAGCCCUCCAAAUGAGCUGUUUGCAGAAAGGCCAGCCGAGGCCCCUACUGCCUCGCACACUGGCUCCCAGAACCCUACAGCCAACCAGGGUGAAGGCUCUGUGCACAACCUUGGCUCCCCUCCCACAGUCGCCACAGCCCCCUUCUGUGUCAACGGGAAGGCUGCAGGAAGGAGCGGUGAGGAGAAAGACGCUGUCGGUAGGGAGUCAGAGCCAGGUUCUUCCAAGUCCACCUGGCACCCAGACAGCAGGGGACAAGGCCCCAGGAAGCACCUGUCCCUGAAGCUGUGCACCAGGGAGCCUGAGGCCGAGGCUGGGGAGGCUGCAGAGCAAACCAAGCCCCACCCGCUGGAGAAUGGGCUCUCGAGAUCCAUCUCCCAGGGUGCGGAACCCAAGCGUGAAACGGGGCUUCUGAGACCAUGGCCCGACCAGAAAGCCUCCCCGGGGCCCCUUUCCCCUGAGGAGGAGGAGGAUGUGUUUUACAGUGACAGCCAGUCUGACUUUAUGCCAGGCCUCCGCAGGAAGACGGAGUUCAGCACCAGCUCUUCAGAUCCAUCUUUUGCUUCAUUUGACGAUCAGCAGAAGAUGGGGUUUUCUGAGAGCCAGAGGGAAAACAGGAAGAAUGACUUGAGUGCAGGCGACAGUGAGAAGGAGAAGAAGGAAUAUGUGACGGGGACGGGUGACAUCCUGAGCAAUGGGCACACAUAUGUGGGAGAGCACAGCCAGAGCGAGGUGCCACAAAGCACAGGAGGUUUGUGUGCAGGCAGCCCCAGGAGGGCGUCCACCGAGGAAGCAACUCUCAGCAGCUCUCAGAUGGGGGUAAAUAGGGACUCGGCCCUUUCACAGGCCAAAGGCCCCACCCACUCUCCAUCUCCUGCAGCAAGCAAGCACCUGCUGUUUACAAUUAAAGACAACACCCUGAGGGCCACCCCGGUGAUCAGACCCAUCAUCCUGCCCCUGCUGAGGACCCUGUCCUCAGAGGACUCAUUCAGAGGGGGCCACAGAGAGGAAGAAUCCCCAAGGCAAGGCUGGGGUGAGAAUGCUGGAGGUCGCAAUGUUCUUAAUAGCCGGGAAAUGCCCACCACACCAAUACCCGCUAACACUUGGGGCGCACGCUCAAAGCGCAUGCCCUUUGAGGUCCCAGAGGAUCCUGGGCAGGUGUCCACAGCAGCUGGGGCAGACACCUCCCAGCCAGACCCAGAGGAGACUUUCUCACCUCUGCCACUGGUGGGAGAGGGCAACAGGACAAAGUCACCCUCAGAUGGGGCACCGGAAGUUGUUGCCAGGAAUGGAAGGAGCAGGCCCACAGACUGGAGGAGGCUGGCUGCCCCAAGACACAUCCCCACCAUUGCUUUCCCCGAGGGUGACCUGGAAGAGCAGUCAUCCUGGCAGACACCGGCCAUCGGCUGGGAAGAGCCGAUGCAAAGUGUCCAAGGCCACUUUCUGUCUGCACCCAGAGCAGGGCCACUGGGGAGGAGAUUGGUCCUGGGUGAAAGGGCGACAUCUCCCAACCCCAGCUCCCUGGGAGAGAGCAGCGCCUGCUCACCUGCUGCCAGCAGCCUUUGGGACGACACCUCUCAGGCACCCGGGGACCUGGGUCUACUGCCCGAGGAGCCCCCCAGCAGUGCCAGUCCCUGGGCCCCAGGUCCUGCCAGGCUGGCACACCGGGAGGACCUGACACAUGGCCUCAUGUGGGAGCCAGACAGCUCAGACCCCCAGUGCCAGCUGGCCAUGGAGGACCUCCGACCACCCUCCCCGGGAGGCUCCUUGCUGGACUCGGCCACCGGCCCAAAGAGACCUGAGCCUCCCACUCAGCUGGAGAGGGCAGCUGGGAAGCCCCCCGCAGUGCCCCCCAAAACAGAGAAGGCCCUUCGGCGAGCUAAGAAGCUGGCAAACAAGCGAAGAAAGAGUGAUCAGGUGGCUGAGAGGCUCAGCGAAGCCAGAGAAGGUCAAGAGGGGACAGUCUGUGGGCCCCAGGCCUUUGGGGAGGGACCCCAGCUCCCUGCUGUGCAUGCACUGCCCCCUCCUGCACACCGCCACUCGGUAUCAGGCAUUGUGGAGCCCAUAGGAAGGCGGCUGUGGGAGGCCCAGCCCCUGGCACCCCUGCCCCCGUACCCUGCCAUGCAGAAGGUCCUCCAGGACCCACAGUCUGGGGAGUACUUCGUCUUCGACCUGCCCCUCCAGGUGAGGAUCAAGACCUUCUAUGACCCUGAGACGGGCAAGUACAUCAAGGUCUCAGUCCCUGCCUCCGAGCGGGCCUCACCCGAGCCCCCUGGGCAGGAUGCCCUGGCUGAGCCCUACCUACUAUACCCUGGCCUCCGGCCAGUGCCCAUCACCACGCUGAGGCCCCUGCGCUGCUCUUCCCAGCUCUCUGCACCCACCUUCCUGGGGCAGAGCCUUCACUCCAGGCCCUACAGUGCCCACGACACUGGGCCUCAGUGCAACACCAGCCCACCCAAGGGCACCCAGCACCCGCGGGGGCCACACAGGGGCCCAGAGGACGAGAAAGUGGAAGCCCCAGGUCUGGCCAUCAUCUCCACCGACGACCUGGAGGACUUUGCCACUGAAGGCAUUUCUUGAGGGUUACAACGGACUGAUCCCCACCCCCCAAAACCAAAGAGCUUACAUCCUGUCCCCUCAAACAGGCAGUCUCUCCUUCAUACACACACACACACACACACACACACACACACACACACACACACACACUCAGCCAUCUGAGAUCCCAAUUGUCCAAAGGGAAGUGGAGAUCUACCAGCCCCCUCGGAGGAGGGUGCUCUUUGCAUAGCCCAUCCCCACACCCCCUCCCAGCUCAACCCACGCCAUCUCUGCCUCCCCCAUCCUGCCCUGCCCAGUCCCUGCCCAGUCCCUGCCCCAGGGCAGUGUAACUCAGUUACUGGGUCCUUGGGGCUGCUGACUCUGGCAGUCUCCAGCCUUCCUUAAGGUGAGCUGGCCAGGGAGGCAUCCAGAAAUGUUGAACCCUGCUGUGGGUGGCCGUAUCCCACCUGAAGCGGAGCAACACAUAGCAGGCUGCAGGUCACCUCAGCAGUCUUGGAGAAAUGACAGUGAGAAUGAGGACAUGUGCCCCCGGGGCUAUUUUCUGACAAAGAGAAGGCUACAGUCUAAAAAAUGAAACAAGUUUGCCAACACAGUU